GGUCCUGCAAGUAGUAGAGUAGCCUUGUUGUUACGAUCGACUGAGGGUAAAACAUCCAAUAAGAUGUGAUGUUUUUCCCAGAGUACAUGCAAUACGAAAACGAAUUCGAAAUAAAUUACAGAAUGUGCAAUACUGCGGACGUCAUUCAUUUCGAUUUCGUACAUCUGUGGCAAAGGGAUACCCAUCACUUUCUCCCAUCCCAAGUAGGCACUCUAUCAAAGAACGAACGCCCGGCUCGUCUUGCCAAUUACCAUCUCGUAACGUUGCCAUUCCCUAGCAAUUACGGACGGUGUGUACUCAGGCUUGUGGUCGAUGAGGGUCAGCUGUGUUUGAGAUCUGCCGAAUUUCCUCACCAAAAUCAAUCACAACUCACUGUUUCCAAUAAUCAACAGCAAAUCGAUUGAAAAAUGUGUUCCAGAUGUCGUGGACGUAUUCAAUAAGAAAGUCGUUUAGAUAUCGAACAAGUUUCUCAGAAUAAUUUUAUUCGAUGGUUAUGAGAAGUUGCCAUCGAUAUAUGAACUCCCACAGUGGUUCUGGGGCAUUUUGAGAUUCAACCGCACUCUCUGUAUGGUAGUAAUUGCCAUGCACAUAAAACCAAACUCGAGACGUUUUGUAUGGUUUGGCCAUCGGAACAAGACUCAGAGACAGCAACAUCAUACCAACAUUCUAGAAACGCUCAUUGGUUGAAACAUCAAUGAAUGCGGCUUCUCUUUCCAUAUGUUUGAACGGCAAAGCCAGAGUCCGAGAGGUUAGGUCCUUAUUUAAGUGGCAUCUAAUAAUCAAGGCAAACUGCCUGCCCCCUUUAAUACUGGAGAAGUUGUCUUCCCUCUACUUCAUGACAGAUUGACAUUCUCCUUCAAUUUCCAAUGUUAUCGACACUUAUAUUUGCUGAUAUUUCCGAAUUCUGGUAAUCUUGCCAAACCCUGACCUCGCCUCACCUCACCUCACUGUAGAGCCAUUUGCUUUUUGCAGCGGUACUUGUUCUACAUUAAUAAAACUGGACCGUGCUGCAUAUCCUUGAGAUGAUUCCACUCUUCACUCUUGUUUUGGCUACACUUCCAAUUUAUUGGGUGUAUUCUAACAUAGCAGGAUUACAAAAGAACAUUGCAGCUGCCAAACGUUCAGGUUUGCCAUAUGUGAUAACCCCGAUUAGUCUUUACAAUCCAUUUUGGCUGAUAACUCAUCGUGUAUGGCUACCUUUCAUCAAAAAGCUGCCCACAACAUGGACAGAGAGCUGGAUUGAUUAUAUGACACCGGAUUGGUGCUGGGAGAAACUUUACCAUCCAUUUGCUAAAAACGGCGAUGCAUUUUUAACUGUGUCCCCUGGAUCGAUUCUUGGAUUUGUCUCAAACGCAGAAGCGACUCAUCAGAUCACGAGUCGCCGAGAGGCCUUUCCCAAACCUCUUGAGUCGUACCGUAUUCUCGAGAUAUUUGGUCGUAAUGUUGUAACGACCGAAGGAAUUGAAUGGAGGGGGCAUAGGAAGAUAUCUUCACCAAGUUUCACCGAAAAGAACAACGCGCUAGUGUUUGCAGAAUCUUGUACACAAGCACAAGGGAUGUUGAGAAGAUGGCUAGGUCCCAACGGGAACGGGAAUGUGACCUUGAAAGAAGUUCCUACUGAUACAAUGAGAGUUACAUUGCACAUUAUAAGCAGGAUUGGAUUUGGGGUUCGUCUAUUAUGGCCAGGAGAGAAAGCGAGGAGCAAGGAACAAGAAUCCGUUUACAGCAGUAACGAAGCGCCCGAAGGCCACACGAUGAGCUUCGAGAGAUCUUUGAGUACCCUUUUAGAGACUUUAGUCUGGGUGCUAUUUCUUCCGAAAUGGCUGCUGAGAUUAAUGCCUUUUGAUUCCGCUCACAAAGCACUGGAAUCUUUUGAAAAUUUCGGCCAGUACAUGAACGAGCUGUUUGCCCAAAAGGCUCGGGAUGCUAUGGAGAGUAAAGGAAGUGAAGGCAUGGACAUUAUGGGCUUCCUGGUAAAGAGUUCAUACGGCCCUUCAAGUGCGGCGGGGUCUAAUAAAGCGUCGCCGGACCGAGUUGAGAAGGGCCAAGCCAACAAAGUCGCUCUUUCGGACUCGGAAAUUCUUGGAAAUGCCUUCGUCAUGAUGGUCGCUGGUCAUGAGACGACCGCGAAUUCGGUUCAUUUCUGCCUUGUAGAAUUGGCAAUUAGGCCUAGAUCGCAGCGACAAGUUCAAGAAGAAGUGCAGAGGAUCUUUGGCGAUGAAUCUCCUGAGACCUGGGAUUAUGAGAAAAAUAUAAACGACCUCAUGGGUGGUAUGGUCGGAGCCACACUCAAUGAACAACUUCGCCUCAUGCCUCCUGUGGCUAAUAUUCCUAAAUCAGUCGGUCAAGGCCACGAUCAAACUAUUUUUAUUGAUGGAAAGAAAAUCAUUCUCCCUGCUGGAGCCCAUAUCAACCUUAAUACUAUAGGUCUCCAUCGAAAUCCUAGGUAUUGGCCAACCGAGCCCUCAAAACUUACCACACUGAAUAAUGAUCUCGAUGACUUCAAACCCGAGAGAUGGCUCGUUAAGCAAGUAGGGAAAGACGACAGCGCCAACGAAUCCUCUGAGGAUGAUGAUUUUGGUGGAUUCACAGGGAAAACCACAUCUGAAGGAUUAUUCCGCCCAGUCAGAGGUUCUUACAUUCCUUUCUCCGAUGGCGCCCGAUCUUGCUUAGGUCGAAGAUUAGCCCAGGUUGAGGUCAUGGGCGUGCUUGCUGUGGUUUUGCAAAAGUACUCAAUGGAGCUUGCAGUCGACGAGUGGGCUACGGAUGAAGAAGUUCUGGGGAUGUCCGCUGACGAGAAGAGGGAAUUGUAUGGUAAGGCGCAAAGGAAGGCGAGAGAGACGAUCAGAGGGGCUACGUCACUCAUCACUUUGAAACUUCACCCUGGUUUUAUUCCGGUACGACUGGUAAAAAAAGGGGAAGAACGCUUUGUAAAUAUUAUAGAUUAGUGUUUUGGCCGUAUGAUACCAGACUGUUCGAUAGUCAUCGUCUGAUGCAAUGGGAAAGAAUAGCAAUAAAAACUAUUUCAAAAUUUACAUUCUCAACACA